ACAAAAGUACUGUGCAUGAUGCACAUCCCCAAGUGCCAGAAUCUACCAGCAACGGCGGCUGCUUCGGAAGGAAAUUUGGCCAAAUUUUUGGGGCCGUGCGCCGCACGAGGCUCCUAGCCGCUGCGAAAUUCAUCAGAGCAUCACCCAAAAGAGCAAGGCACCUUGAGCCGCUUCCAGCGGCUUCCGAAAGGCCAAAAGUACCGGAGCCUUUCCCCGACGUCGCCCUCGUCGAGCCUCCUUGCUUGAUCGCCGGAGAGCCAUGCAGACUUCACAUCAGGCUGGCCAGAGACAUUGCGUGCGUCGGCAGUUGGCCUCAAGUGCACGUUUCGGCGGGGGGAAGGCGUGUGGGCACUGCCGGGGGCGUUUACAUGAGGCGAGACACAAUGAGCGUGACAAUUCCGGCGGUCGACAGCUGCUGCGUCAGCCUGGAUAUCACUCCCGUCGGCCACGAGCAUUCGCAGUCAACGGUCAAUAUUCUGGCGCUGCCGAGGCCCGCCGCACUGGAGGUCUGCGACCUGUUUGAAAUGGCACAGCGGCAGCCAGACGGCUGCUAUAUAAAAGCUAGCGAACAGCUGGACCAUGUUGACCAGAAGGAGAGCCUGAAGGAGGAGCUCUGGAGCUCGUACUUCGGGGCCUUCUGCGCGGACUUCGCGUCCGUCCUGGAGUGCCUGUCGACAGGGAGCCGCUGCGCGCAACCCACUUGCGCCUGCCUGGUCAGGCACAUGCUGUCCCACCACAUGUGGCACUCGGCGUCCUUCCUCAUGACGUCAUGCAUCAGGUCCGGCGGCCAGGUGACACUGGGGCCCUUUGCGCUGAACGAGGAGGACGUGGAACCCGACAGGCUGCAGGCGAAUUACUUUCGAAUGCGGGGCUGCGCGGUGGAGGAGUGGAUGCUGGUAGAGACGCCCGGACCCGCAGGCCCAUGCCGGCGGCAGAAUCAGAUGGUGGAUUCGUAUCGAAUCGUGGCCCCCAUCGGAGAGUCGGCGACCGAGGCGGGAUCUUCUGAGGAGGGGGGAGUGUGGACAGAGUCGGUGACGUGGGUUGAGGAGCCGCUGGAAUCGACAAGUGUGUGCAUUGAUGGCAGGGCCUGA